CUGGUCCGCUGGUCCUGCGGUUUGUCUGACUUAGGGGAAGCGUGAAGACACAGCAAGAAGCCCAGCAAGAUGGGUGUGAAGAGUCUCUGGCAGCUACUUGAGCCUGUUGGACGGCCAGUCUUACUAGAGACGAUGGAAGGCAAAUCCAUGGCCAUCGACUCUAGCAUCUGGAUCUACCAGUUCCAGGCGACGAUGCGAGACAAGGAGGGCCGUGGGUUGGUGAACGCGCAUGUUCUUGGUUUCCUCCGCCGAAUAUGCAAGCUCCUGUUCUACGGCAUCAAGCCCGUCUUCGUGUUCGAUGGCGGAGCGCCAGCUCUGAAGAUGUCUACUAUCGCAGAGCGCAAGAACAAGAAGAGCGGGGCUGCAGCCAGUCAUGCGAAGAUUGCUGAGCGACUAUUGGCUGCCCAUAUGCGUCGUGAAGCUUUGGAGCACUCCUCCGGAAAGACACCUGAUGGCAAGGGCAAGGGAAAAGCCCGGGCACCCCCAGCUAGGAUAGACGAUGAUACCGUAUACCUGGAGGAUUUGACUGGCUCCGCCCCGAUCACCCCUGCGGCUAAGAAAUCAUCCUCGAGCAAGGCAGAGGCGACCCCGCCGUCUUCAAAGAAGAAACGUUGGCAGGACCAUGACCCCUACAGAUUGCCCGACGUGAACAUGGACGAAGUAGUCGCGAAAGCUACUGCCUCUGCGGCGCCCGAUCCGAGGCUCGCUACCGAAGAGGAACUCCGGACCUUCAUCGAAGAGAUGCGUCCCGAAGACUUUGACGUAUCUUCACCCGCCUUUCGCGAACUCCCCACUGAAGUCCAGUACGAAAUUAUUGGUGACUUGCGCUUGAAGUCUAGGCAGACGUCGUACAAGCGACUCCAGGUCAUGCUUCGGAAAGCGAAGACGCCCCUGGACUUCUCGAGGGAGCAGAUCAAGAAUCUGAAGCAGCGAAAUUCUUUGACACAACAGCUGUUGGUUACAACCGACAGUAUUGGUAAAGCCCAUCUCACUAUUCCAGUGAGGAUUGCAAGCGAGCGCAACAAGCAGUAUGUCCUUGUCAAGAACGAAGGCGCAGAUGGUGGCUGGGUGCUUGGCAUCCGUGAUGAUGGAACGGCCGCAAAGCCUAUCGAGAUCGACCCCGCACCUGCGCCUGUGAAGGAGGACAGUGAUGAAGACGACGACAUGGAGGAGGUGCCAAUCGCCGCACCCCCAACUGAAUCGCCGUAUGACCCGGACCUCCGAGAAUACCGUCGAGGACAGGCACUUGCAGCUCUCGCUGAACGACACACUGCGAAGAGGCUCGCUCCGCUCACAACUAAGGUAGUGAGAAAGCGUAAAGCGCGGCCGCUGUUCGAACCCGAAGAAGACGAGCUGCCGCAACUGGGUGACGCCCCGAGCGACGCCGAUGACCCAGAGCUCGAGCUCGCUAUCCGGGAGUCUAUGGAGCUUGAGGAAGAGACCAGCCUUCUGCGUGCCCUCGAGGAGUCUAGGCUAGCUGCAUCCAACUCUGCCUCAUCCAGCAAGCAUGGCGAGUCGUCCUCUUCCAAAGUUCCCGCUACCCCUCGACCCCCAGUGUCGAUAGACCGGCGACGGGCACAGCACUUCCAAACACUCAGCGACGAUUCGAACGAUGAAGGUCUCUACGCAUCCCCGACGCGUCUCGAGUUGGCUUUGUCCAUUGGGGGCGCCGCUCCACGACGGCCACCACCAUCCAAGUCGAAGAGUUCUACGACGCAGUUCCCAACAUCGUCCAUGUUUGGUACCCCUACUCUGCUUAUGCCGGAACAGCCACAACCCCCACCACUCGAUGAAGUACCUAGGGUCAUUUCUGAAUCUGAAGAUGACUUGGAGGAAGUGCUUGUCCAGCCGGUUUUACCUCCUCAGUCGUUCGAGGCAUCGCCAGUCCCCGGCCCGUCACGCUCCCCCUCCGCAAGACCGGCGUCCCCCUCUAUCACGAACGCAGUCGCAGUCGCGCCCGAACCGAUUGCGAUCGACUCCGAUUCUGACGAGGAUAUGGAGGAGGUUCCUGCCACGGCUCCGUCACGUCCCUCGCCCAGCAGAGUCAUCACCACCACCGACCAGACGUUGACCAGCCGCGCUGUGGACGCCAGCGUACAUCAUCAACCGUCACCGGGAUCCUCUACAAUCGCCAUAGUUCAACCCCUUGUGGAUGUGGACAGACCAGCCUCCCAUUUACCACCCGUUGUGUCCCACUUGGUGCAUCGUGUGCCCUCGCCUGAAGAGAUACCUGCGAUUGAGUCCUCGGCUGCUCCCGAAGCCCCGCAGCCGAUAGCGAAUCAAGAUGCAGAGAGUUCAGAUUCAGAAGCUGAGGGCGACGACAUUAAAUGGUCUCGUUCCCCCAGUCCCUCUGGAGAUCCUACCAAAGACGCUGCCCGCCGUGCCCAGGGUGCAGCAGAGGACUGGGACGCCGCCCAGGAGCUCGACCCCCACGCAGAGGAGGGCGAGUUCGCGCGCUUCAUCUCCCAGGUGAAGGGCAAGGACAUCGAGUCUGUACGACGCGAAAUCGACGACGAGAUCCGGGACCUGAACAGGCAGAAGAAGACCGCGAUGCGCGACUCGGAGGAUAUCACCCAGCAGAUGAUUUCACAGAUCAUGAUUAUGCUACGACUUUUCGGUAUCCCGUACAUCACCGCGCCCAUGGAGGCCGAAGCGCAGUGCGCCGCGCUGCUCUCAUUCGGGCUCGUCGAUGGGAUCAUCACGGACGACUCGGACGUGUUCCUCUUCGGCGGCGGGCGCGUGCUCAAGAACAUGUUCAACCAAUCCAAGACCGUCGAGUGCUUCCUCCUCUCCGACCUCGAGCGCGAGCUUGGUCUGGACCGCGACAAGCUCGUCCGCCUCGCAUACCUCUUGGGCAGCGACUACACGGAUGGCCUGCCCGGGGUCGGCCCCGUCGUGGCGAUGGAGCUGCUGAGCGAGUUCCCGGGCCAGGACGGGCUGCACAAGUUUAGGGCGUGGUGGCAGAAAGUGCAGAGCGGGCGCGACAAGGCGGAGGAGUCGGCCACGCGUUUCAGGAAGCGUUUCAAGAAGAAGUUCAAGGACUUGUAUCUGCCCGGCGAGUGGCCAAAUCCAGCGGUGAGGGACGCAUACUAUCAUCCAGCUGUCGACGAGUCCAGGGAGCACUUUAAGUGGGGUAUGCCUGACCUCGAUGCUUUGCGAGACUUUUUCAAUGCGGAACUGGGCUGGGACCAAAUCAAAGUCGACGAUUUGCUUCUGCCUAUCAUCCGCAAGAUGAGCAAGCGGUCACAGAAUGCUGCACCAACGAUGCAGGGCAAUCUCGCCGGCUUCUUCGACCUGCCCGUGGGUGCGAGCGCCGCACCGCGCAAGCGGCAGGCGUACGCAAGCAAGCGACUGCAGCAGGUCGUGCAGGACUUCCGGAAGCAGCAGGCGAAACAGCGUGGUUCGCCGACUCCCGCACCAGACGGAGAUGACGCCGGGGCCGGUAGUGAUUACGAGGAUACUGAGAAGGCGGCAAGCCGUCCUGCGAAGAAGCGAAAGACUACGCAGAGCAAGGGCAAAGGGAAGGAGGUCGCUGGUGGAGCUGACGAGUCGGCGGCGCGUGGAGGGAAAGGACGGGGCCGCGGGCGGGGAAGAGGCGCGAAACGGACAUCUAGGAAACGCGCGAAGACGCCCUCGGAAAGCGAGGAAGAAGUGGACGAUGUGUCUGCGGAGGGUCAGUCUUCUGGGGAGCCAGUGCCGAGCGUGAGUCGGGAGGAGCUGGGUUUACGUCCUCGACCAAAGCCACGGCCUGUUUAUCGAAAACCCCCGGGGACGGAGGUAGAGGAGCAUGCGCAUGCGGGUUAA